UAUAUUCUUUAUAGAAGACCUUGGGAAUAACAACUGGACUAUCCGUCGCAUCCACUUACAUUGCUUCUUUUACUUGCUUGGCUUCUUUCCCCUUUUUUCUUUUGAUUUCCUCACCUGACUCCGGCAAAUAUCCGUACGAAGAAAUCCAAAAUCGCAUCCCCGGAGUCUUUAGAUUUCGAACAGCUGCCAGUCCUUCAUGGAAACUCUUAACUGCGAGCAGUGGUUACCUCGUUGCGAUCCUGACGGCAGUUCUCGAAGGGAAGGUGGGCAAUGCGAGGCUUUGCUUUUGCAGGGACCCCACUUCUUUUGAAGUGAAGGUGACUCGCCGAGCCCGAGAAGAAAUGCAGACGGGUAUCGCGGACGCUCAUCCGGCUCUGCUGCGCGCUGAAGGCUGCCUCCGAGAAGAGCAGGCGUUUCCACAUUAGACAGUUUGAGGAGCCACUCGUUCGCUGCUUCGAAAGCUGCACUGAAUCUCAGAUAAUACCAUCCACACAAUAAUAAGACCACGCACUCUUCCUGGCAGUGUAUGUUUAAUUAUUGGAUGUGUAUGCAUGAGUUCUGCACCGAAUGGGCGCAAAAACCGCCCCAGAUCCACAGGAUCCAUUUUUCACAUCGGCAAACCUCCGUACAGGGACCCGGAGCGCAGGGGCAGCUCGGAGAGCGCCCACCGAGCCCAAAGAGCCCCGGAAGACUGCAGGAUGCUUGUACAGGAGUUCAAUACCCUGGUGGCCCAGUAUCGUGAGCUGGUUAUUUCCAUCGGGGAUGUAUCGGCUGAUUGUCCAUCUCUCCGGGCUGAAAUGCACAAGACGCGAACCAAAGGCUGCGAGAUGGCUCGCAACGCACACCAGAAUCUUUCGGUGAUUUCGGGCCCUGAAGAUGGAGAAAUUCAUCCUGAAAUCUGCAGGCUUUACAUUCAGCUACAAUGCUGUCUAGAGAUGUACAUAACUGAAAUGCUGAAAUCAGUAUGCCUUUUAGGAUCCCUUCAGCUUCAUCGAAAAGGAAAGGAGGCCAGCACUCUUCCGAAGAUUUUAGACUGCAAAAUGGAGGAAAGCUCAGAAAUCCCAAUAUUAGAAGAUACAUCAUCCUCACCAAUAGACUACCAUCAGUAUUCCUGGCAGGUUUCCACAGACAUUGAAAACACAGAAAGAGACAUGCGGGAAAUGAAAAAUCUUCUAAGUAAACUCAGGGAAACUAUGCCUUUACCAAUAAAGAAUCAAGAUGAUAGCAGUCUCCUAAACCUGACUCCCUACCCUCUAGUAAGAAGACGAAAGAGACGAUUCUUUGGAUUAUGCUGCCUUGUGUCAAGCUAGGGAAAUCACAGCAACCAACCAAUUGAGCAUCGUCACAACUGACCAUAACCAAUUAUCUGUAAACACGUUAGUCUGUGUUCUAUGGAUUUUACUGUACUGCCAUUUUUAACCUUUUAUGUUUGAAAGGCUGCCCAUUUUCUACUUUUAUUUUGUAAUAAAAACAUAUUUUGCUCCAAUAAAACAUAAUAAAAAAUAUUGGUAGCAAAAAAAUGAAACCUGUAUUUUAAACUAAUUUUUUUCAGUUUUUGUAAUUGGAGUAACAUAUGUGCACGGCAGCCACUGGGCAUUACAGGAUGACUCGAAGUACCCUGAGGGUGAUGUCCUGUGACGCCUCAAUUCGCUGCCAAGCUCAAUUAAUGCCUUUUAAAUUGAGAAUGGGAUCCAAAAAAAGAGCAUUUUUAAGAAUGUUGUUUCUUACUCUUUAAGUGCAAGUCCAUUGAAGACAGAUGUUUAUAUUACUAGUAUUAUUAUUAUUUUUUGACAUCCAAAGUAAAUUUUCUGGAGAAGGUUUAUUCACACCCCUCUAAUUGCACAUGCUGAAAGCCAUGGAGAAAAUGAAACUUGCUUUUUAUCUUAUUCUACAAGUAUGUACUUUUCACAUUCUAAUCUUCCAUACAGCAUUCUCUGUAAUCAAGUUUUAUUUAGCAUAUAAGAAUUGUACGAACUAAGAGUAAACUUUUGCACAUAUAUGUAAGUCAAGAUGACAAAACCAUGUAUAUACAGUAUGAAAAAGAAUGUUACAUAUGCAUAAUACGCUAAGUUUUUUAGUCACUUUUCCCUUUUGAAUUCACAUUUUAAGAAGAUGGAGAGCUUAAGAGGUGAUGAUACACUUAUUUGACAUUUUUUAUUCAUGGUAAGCAUGAUAUUUGCUUAUUAUUAUAGUGAUAAAGUAAAUGUUUUAGGGCAUGCGGAAGGUAGUUGAAGCUGAUGAACAUAUAUCAUUUUACAUUGUUAAUAAAUUUUUUAGUUAAAGCAA